GUUUCUCCAAUCUUCUAUUGUCCAGUUUUGUGCAAUUACGGGAUCAUUGUUUGCUGAUUGUUGCCUGAGUGUCAGCAUGGGAAAUUAAGGAUCUUAGAGGGAUGCACGGUUGCCGUUUACUUUAGACUUACAAUAAUAUUUUUGUUAUUGAGUCUUUGUUGUUGACUUUUGUUGUAUGCUAAUUUGGGUUGUUUAUUAUGUUGCUAGGUUGAAAACAAUUUGUAUUUUCCUUUGUUAAACUUUUCUUUCUUUUGUAGGUUCUGUUUUGGAUUUGCUUUACCAUCAGUGGCCACUGGGUUCCCUGCACUGUGUGGAUGGCGGUGGAGAAAAGGUGGUUGGGAUUGUGUGGUGAUUUGGUCACUGUUGAUUUUUGUGUUUUUUAGGUUGCAGUGUGAUUGCUGUGAGCUGAGUGUGGUGAAAACACUGCUGCUUGGGUACCUCAUCUGUCCUCACUUUCUGGGUAACCGGUGGCCAUUAGUGGUUUGUUUUUUCUUUUCUUUUAUUUAGUUUAUUUACUUUUUUUUCCUCCUUAUUUGCAAUAAAGAUGGAGACAAUUUGUAUAUUACAACUUGUGGAAUAAAAUAUAAUUGUCCUCCUAAUUGUAAGUCACUUCAUUUACCCUCUGCUAAAUCAUUAACACUGACAAAAGUCAUCUGGUCACAAUUGGCGUAGUCGGCAGGACAUUUAAAAUUGAUUUAAUUUAGCAGAGGCUGUUGUGAAGUGUCUUACUCUAUCGAUUGUGCAACUUUAAAUGUUUUUGCAUAAGUUCAGUGUAAGUAAACGGUGACCGUGCAUAAAGGAUUUCGCAGACUCUGCUUUGUGGACCCUGGAUGUCAUUGUGCUGAUUGAACUGUCUUCCAGAAUUCACCAACAGAUAUGGAGCAAGAACUAAUGGACUUGAGGGAGCGGGUUCAAAGCUUACAAGCACAGAAUGAGGAGUUGAUGAGACUGCGUCCCCCAUCUAGCAGUGAUGCCCCUAGCCAACCUCACCCUUCUGUUUCUAAUGACCCAUCCUCAGUGUCUUUUAACAGAAUGCUUUAUGUGCCCCGAGAGAGGAAGUGCCCACGUUUUUAUGGGAACAUGGACUCUAACUUGAGUAUUGAGGACUGGAUUGACGAGGCUAAGGUGUGUAUUGAGGGUAGAGGUUGGGCUGAUAAAGAAAAGGUGGUCUUUCUGUUGGAUCAUCUUGGGGGAGAAGCUAGAAUGGAGGUAAAACUUCAUCCACCUGUUACUAGACAAACUCCAGAGUCUGUUUUUGAAGUUUUAAAAGAUUUGUAUGGGGGAAAACAGACAUUUGUACAAUUACAGCAGAGGUUUUAUGAGCGAAAACAGAAAGAAGGUGAAUCAUUGACUGAAUUUUCUCAUGCUUUAAUGUCAUUGAUGGACUUGAUUCUUAAUAGUAAUCCAGGUAGUGUUCCCAAUUCCGAUAGAGUGCUUCGCGAUCAGUUUGUUGAAUAUGUCCAAGAUGUAACGCUAAAACGUGAGUUGAAACGACUUGUGAGGGAGAAGCCUUCUCUUACGUUGCUCGAGGUUCGACGUGAGGCUCUUAGAUGGGUAGAAGAGGGGAGCAGGGAAGCAACUCUUUCAUAUUCCCAGCCAUGGUGUAAUGCCACUCAAACCAGGGUAGUUGACCAGGAACCUAAGGUUAGAUUCCAGGAAUCAACAGAGUUAAAAGAAAUGAAAGAAAUGUUGAGACAGCAACAAGCACAAUUAAAUGAUCUUACCCAGCGUCUUGAUAGACUUAUGCCUACAAAGAAUGAUCCCCCUGCUGUUGCUUUACCAAGGCAAAAUACAUUGCGGCGAUGCCUACGUUGUAACAAAAUGGGGCACAUUGCCAGAUUUUGUCGUUCACCUUGGCCUACAGAGUCAAACUCCGGAUCACCUCAGGCAAAUGUAAAUGAGAUUUCAGUUGGGGAAUCCGAUACUGUAGCCCCUACUGCGAUUUUAAGCCAGAUUGUUGAAGAGACAAGGGAAGCUUCAAAGUCACCCGUUUGCCCUACUAUUUUACAGCGACUCGUGGGCAAAUGCCCUGUUGUAAAUGCACAGAUUGGGAUGGGAGUAGAUAUUUCUUGUUUGUUGGAUACAGGAUCCAUGGUAACCACGAUAACAGAGUCAUUUUUUGAGAAACAUUUCCAUCAAUUAGGGGUGAAUGGUCUUAAGAAAUGUAACUGGCUUCAAUUAAAAGCAGCUAAUGGCCUUGAGAUCCCCUAUGUGGGUUAUUUUGAAACCGACGUGAAAGUGUUGGGACAAACCCUUCGAGGACAGGGCAUUUUGGUUGUGAAAGAUCCAGUUGAUGUUUUUUUUCAUCAAAAGAAAGAAUUUACUCCUGGCCUCUUGGGCAUGAACAUUAUAGGACAAUGUUAUAAUGAUUUAUUUGAAAAACAUGGCCCAGCACUAUUUUCAGUUCCACAGGUUAGGCAGGCAGAACAAGGUUGGAGAGACGCCCUAUCCCAGUGUCACAGGGUGGAGGAUGCCCCUGUUCCUGGCUUUGUUGGGUAUGCCAGAGUGCAGUCCUGCCAACCUGUUCAGAUUCCAGCUGGAACUAUGAGGUUAGUGCCUGCUUUGUGCCCAAAGAAUAUACACAGUGGGACAGUAGUGGUUUUAGAACCCCAAAACCCAGAGAACGGGGGGUUACCUGCUGGAGUGCUAAUCUCAUCUGCUAUGCUGCAGUGUGUACAAGGUAUAGUUCAUGUACCUAUAGUUAAUGUCGGCACAGAACCUUUAUAUUUGCCCCCCAAAAUUAGAUUGGGUAGUUUGCUUAAUGUUGAAAUCAUAAGUUCAUCUCAGGGCAUUUUCUUUCAGGGUGAUGGGUCACAGGACCCUAAUGUAGUGGUUGUUCAGUGUCAUGCUGUUACAUCGGAGUCAAGCAUUGAUAUGCAAGGCGUAGAACUGUCUGGGCUUUCACAGAUUGAGGAGGAGGAAGUUAAGAGAUUGUUAAUGAAAUAUUCAGACGUCUUUUCAAAACAUGAUGGCGAUUUGGGAUGUACAAAUUUAAUAGACCAUCAAAUCCCCUUAGUAGAUGAUACACCAGUACGCCAACGCUAUCGUAGAAUUCCCCCCAGUCAGUUUGAAGAUGUGAAGGCUCACAUUAGACAGUUGCUGGACAGCCACAUUAUUAGGGAGAGCAGUAGCCCAUAUGCCUCCCCAAUUGUAUUGGUGAAAAAGAAAGAUGGUUCUUUGAGGAUGUGUAUUGACUACCGCCAGCUGAAUGCCAGAACCCGUAAGGAUGCCUACCCUUUGCCAAGGAUAGAAGAGUCGCUGGAUGCAUUGACUGGAGCAAAGUGGUUUUCAACUUUGGAUCUGGCAAGUGGAUAUAAUCAGGUACCGGUAGCGGAAUCUGAUCGAUUCAAGACUGCUUUUUGUACCCCAUUUGGGCUGUUUGAAUUUAACAGGAUGCCAUUUGGACUGUGCAAUGCCCCAAGCACUUUUCAAAGAUUAAUGGAGAGAAUUUUUGGGGAUCAGAGUUUUCAGUCGCUGCUGCUCUACUUGGAUGAUGUGAUUGUUUUCUCAACAACUAUUAAGCAACAUAUUCAACGACUGGGGCUGGUGCUGGAUAGGCUGAGACAACAAAACCUUAAGAUAAAACUCAGUAAAUGUUGCUUUUUCCGGUCAGAAGUACGUUAUUUGGGGCAUGUGGUCUCUUCCACUGGGGUUAGCACAGAUCCAGAGAAGAUAUCGGCCGUAGCUAAGUGGAAUCAGCCACAAAGUCUUCAAGAACUCAGAUCUUUCCUUGGCUUUGCUAGCUACUAUCGACGGUUUGUAAAGGACUUUUCAAAAAUGGCUGGACCCUUGAAUGCAUUGGUAGCGGAGCUGAUUAGGGGGCAAAAGAGUAAACGACCUAAGAUUAACCUGGGGUCCAAUUGGACUGAUUCUUGUGAACAUGCUUUCCAAGCCCUUAAAAUGGCUCUGACUAACGCUCCUGUUCUGGCUUAUGCUGAUUUUAGUAAGCCCUUUAUUCUAGACAUUGAUGCAAGUCACCAAGGUCUGGGCGCUGUGUUGUCUCAAGAACAUGGAGGUAAAAAUCGACCAGUGGCUUUUGCAAGCCGUGGAUUGCGACCACCUGAACGUAACAUGCAAAAUUACAGCUCUAUGAAAUUGGAGUUUUUGGCCCUGAAAUGGGCUGUUACAGAAAAGUUCAGGGAGUACUUGUUGGGCCAGAAGUGCUUUGUGUAUACUGAUAAUAAUCCACUUAGCCACUUGCAGACUGCAAAGUUGGGAGCAUUGGAACAGCGUUGGGCUAAUCAACUGGCAGAUUUCGAUCUGGAAAUAAAAUACAAGCCUGGACGUUCAAAUGUUAAUGCUGAUGCUCUUUCUAGAAAAACUCCAUCUGUGGUUGAACUUGCUUUAACGACUCCAGUGCCAAAGGAGUUACAUCAGUAUGGUCCCAACAGUUGUCACACAGUUGCCAGUGAAACCAUGUCUGUCUUUCCAGAACAGCCUAGGGAAGAUCUUGGUGCGUUACAGGAAGCGGAUCCUGCAAUUGGGCGUUUUCUUGUUUAUUGGAAUCGCCAAAAGACCCCUGAUGCACAAGAGAGAGCAAUGGAGUCAUCAGAGGUGCUGGAACUCGUGCGGCAGUGGGGGAAGCUGGUGAAGAUGGAGGGAGUGUUGUACCGAAAGUUUCAUCCUCAAGAGGAACAUCGAGAAAUCCGCCAGGUUGUAUUACCAUCUGUACUCAGGGAAAGAGUCUUGGCCAGUCUACAUGAUGAUCAUGGGCAUCAAGGCAUUGAACGGACCGCAAGUUUAGUGAGAACUCGUUGUUAUUGGCCAGGUAUGUUUAAGUUUAUUGAGGAAUGGUGCAAGAGAUGUCAGCGUUGCACUCUGGCUAAAGUGGUACGACCAAGAGUGCGAAGUUUCAUGGGGCACCUGAUGGCAGAGAGACCAUUGGACAUCCUGGCUAUUGACUUCACAUUACUGGAACCUGCAUCAAAUGGGCUUGAAAAUGUACUAGUUAUGACUGAUGUGUUUUCAAAGUUCUCACAAGCUAUCCCAACUAAAGAUCAAACUGCAGUAACAGUGGCACGGGUUUUAGUGGUCACAUAAACAAUAAAAU